GCCCGCCCGCCUGCGCCUUUUUCCCCCGCAGCGCGGCGCGCUCCGCCACUCGCGCACUCAGGUAGGCUGGCCAGGCAGGCAGGAGGCCGGAGCGCCCGCCGCCCGCCGCCCGCCUCGCCUACCAUGGUCCCCUCGGCCGGACAGCUCGCCCUGCUCGCGUUGGGUUUCUUGCUGGCUGUGUGUCAGGCCCUGGAGAACACCACCGCCGCCCUGAGUGCUGAGCCUCCCGUGGCCGCGGCCGUGUUGUCCCAUUUUAAUGACUGCCCAGAUUCCCACAGCCAGUUCUGCUUCCAUGGAACCUGCAGGUUUUUGGUGCAGGAAGACAAGCCAGCAUGUGUCUGCCAUUCUGGGUACGUAGGGGCCCGCUGUGAGCAUGCUGACCUCCUGGCCGUGGUGGCAGCCAGCCAGAAGAAACAAGCCAUCACUGCCUUGGUGGUAGUCUCCAUCGUGGCCCUGGCAAUCCUCAUCAUCACAUGUGUGCUGAUACACUGCUGCCAGGUCCGAAAGCACUGUGAGUGGUGUCGGGCCCUCAUCUGCCGACACGAGAAACCCAGUGCCCUCCUGAAAGGAAGAAGUGCAUGCUGCCACUCCGAAACAGUGGUCUGAAGACCCUGAGGAGGAGCUCAAGCAGGUGGAUGCAUCAGCCGGAUAAAGAAAGGACUCCUCCAGGCCAGCACCAUGAGGGACACUGGACCAUGCCAGCUGACCUUUCCUACCCAACCUGUAAUCACCUGAGCAGCCUUUUUCGUCUUUUAUGGACCUUCCUUCAAAGCUCUGUCAAGAACUCUAUCUGCUUGGUGUUAUUUGGUGUCCUAGAAAAGAAAUCAGUGGGCCACCAUGUAAAGAUUGGUCCAAAAGGAACUGGAAAAUGGCGGACUUCCUGUUUGCCUAGCUCUAGUGUAUGUGGUGCCCGGCCUGUGUGUCCAGAUGGACGUCUUCAAUGUCAGACUGCAUUUCUCUCUCAUGAGCCUGUGUCCCCACAACAGAAUUCAUCCUGCCCAGCACCAGGGAUUUCCUAUUGUUGGUACCAGUUUUUGCUUUUGUUUGUUCAUAUCCACUUUUUGAAGAGAUGGAAAAGGGUCAUAUCAAGAUGCUAAAUGUGAAAGAAAUCAUUCCAUCCUCUGUGCACCAAACCCUCCACCAGCCUGACGUCUUUCACAGCAGGGUGAUGAGGACCUUCGCCAGGCACCAUGGCCCAGGGAGAUACUUGCUUAUUUAUUAGAUGAAUGAGGGGAUUUCUUCUCAAUCUCAUACGCUGCCAGUGUAAAAAGCAUAAAAGCCUUUCAGACUUCGGUAUUAAUGAUGUACAGUUGCUGUCUGUAAAGUGAUGGUGGUUAGGAAUGCCUGGCCUCUUCGGGAGCUGAGGUUUGGGAUGGACCACGAGUGGGCCCAGAGAUGAAAGCAGAGGAUGGGGCUGUUGUGGGGAGCAAAAAAUGGGGUCCAGCAGUUGUGCCACUUACAACACAAAGCAGGAAGGAAAGCUGGUGUGGUGACUUUGAAGAAAAGCGGCCUUGUUGUCAUCUCUGUUGGGAAGAGAGGAGGAGAAUGUGUGUGCAGAGAAACCCAAUACUUAGUCCAUGGCUCCCUAGUAGAGCAAAGUUUGCUUCCUAGGGAGUCCCUGGAGAAGACAUUCACGACCAAGCAUUAGCCAAGAGCCAUGGCUUUUAGGGCCACAUCCAGGAAAAGGGGGUCGAUCAUUUAUUUUUCAUGUUGUUGCUAGGUUGAUUUGUUGCUUUAUUUUCGAAAGGAGAAAUGUAAUUUUCCUAUUUAUUUUAAAGCGUUAGAAGGAAUAUUCCAGUGACUUUUUUCAUUUUUCCA